CCCUGGUGUCUGUUGCUUUGUGCAGCUCUCUCACUGUGACUCUGCUGGGUAAUAUGGAGUAUAUGGGUUACACGUGGUGGCUGGGACUUGUUCUCUGUCUCAGUUUUGGUUGGACGCACGGCCAGACGACCAACUACACCAGGCCAGUGUUCAACUGCGGGGGUAAUUUACAAGGAGACUCUGGCUUUGCAGGUAGCGAAGACUUCCCAUCGUACUACAAACCUGACAGCAAAUGCACUUGGUACAUCACAGUUCCAGAGGACAGUGUGGUCAUGCUAUCCUUCAGGGUCUUUGACCUGGAGGCUGAUCCACAAUGUCGCUAUGACUACUUGGACGUUUAUAAUGGCCACUCGAACAUGAUGCAGAAGCUGGGUCGUUUCUGCGGAACCUUCCGGCCUGGUGCUCUCAUCUCCACUUCCAACAAAAUGAUGCUGGAGAUGGUGUCUGAUUCCGGCACCGGUGGUCGGGGGUUCCUGGCAUAUUUCAGCGGAGCUAAACCACACGUAGACGAGCACCAGUUCUGUGGAGGAAAGUUGACAAAGUCACAGGGAACCAUCAAAACUCCCAAUUGGCCUGAGAAAAAUUACCCACCUGGCAUCAGCUGUUCUUGGCUCAUAACUGUUGACCCAGACAAGGUAAUUGAGGUGAAAUUCGGUAAGUUUGACAUCGAGUCUGAUACCUACUGUCGCUUUGACUAUGUGGCAUUUUUCAAUGGUGGAGAGAGAGACGACUCGCGACGUAUCGGGAAAUACUGCGGAGACUCAGCCCCAAAAGACAUUGUAUCCAAUGGAAACAUGCUCCUGGUCCAGUUUGUAUCAGACCUCAGUGUGACUUCUGAUGGCUUCGUGGCCUCAUACAGCGCCAUUCCCCUUGGCUCCAGAGCACCCACUGUUGCAAGUGUAAUUGUAUCAGAACCUCACCUCCAGCCAAGGAAACCUAUCACCACCACAACUACAGAGGCACCACCUACCACUACAGCCAAACCCGUGGUCUACCGACCACCAAAGCCUGAGGAGACUCAGCCCAGACCUGCACCAGAGAGGCCUGUGAGACCACCAGUUCGUAGACCAGCACAGGGCAGACCCAGACCUGUGAGACCAGCCAAACCUUUGAAUCCAUUGUGUGCGAAGUCAUGUAAGAGGGAAGGAAGCAUAAAGACCAGUUACUGCGCCAGUGAAUUCGUGAUCACAGGGAUGUUGUCCGCGGUGUCUCCAGGACCUCAGGGCAGUCUCUACAUUACUGUGUCAAUCAUUAAGACUUACAAGACUGGCAGGCUGACUAUUACUCAGGCUGGAGAAAACAUGUCUGUCAAGCUUGUAUCAGCCUGUAGGAAAUGCCCGAUACUGCGCAGAGGAAUGAACUACAUACUGAUGGGUCAAGUGGACGAAGAGGGGCGUGGCACUCUGGAGCCUGGAAGUUUCACUGCACCCUACAAAGCUGCACAUCAAAAGAUUUUGAACAAUCUUACCAAACAGACAUGCUAAUUAACACUGCUAGCCUGAUCUUAUGAAACUGGUGUCAAAUACGCAUUCGUGUGAACAAGCAUCAGUAUCCAACACAUAUAUUUUAGUAUGCCUGUUUCGUAAUCACAAAAAAUGUCACUAUGAUGGACAUGUGAAAAUGUGGAUAUGUGAUGUAGUUACUAUCCCUAAACCACACUCAAUCCCCAACUUUAAUUCAUACAAGCUGUAGUUUGUAGCAUUUUGUGAAUGAAAUGGCAUCUGCGAGAUGCCAUGUUGAAAAUGAAAAUGAGAAACAUGAACUGAGGCCUCUAGUGGCCAGAGCCUGGAAUUGCGGCCAUUGUUUGUUGAGACUUGUCCACAUGCGUCAAUAUUUAAUGCAAGUUUCAUGAGUACCGAUGUUCAACUCUGCCAAACUCUGACUUGAAACAAAAAACACGCUUGCCAGUUAGUAAAACUGUGAUGAGAUGCAUAAAUUGGGGAAAUACAAACUAGAUAUUCCUCCAAAUCUGUUGAAAUCUCUGAAUAGUUCUUUUCACCUUCACCGCUGUCAGAGAAAUGGGGGUUCAGGUUUAAUUAACGAAAAAAAGUGCCACCAGCUUUUUACAUCAUGUAAUGGGUCUGUAUUUUUUAUCAUUUCUUUUAUAAAAAAAAAAUGAAAGGCAGAUGUCACACACAAUAUUUGUAAAUUAUGAUGAUGUGUUUUAAUAAAGGUUUUAUAUCACACUC